GCUGCGUUGACCGCGCAUGCGCUGAUUCUCCACAAGGGUGCAUGGCGAUCACAACACGCCGCUAUUUCUCAAUGUUGGCGUUAGUUGUCUGAAGUCAGCUGUUGGACCCGUUGCCGUCCCCGAGGCUUUGAUAGAAUGAGACGCUCCGACUCGGAGGACGAACCUGCAGUUUUCCGCCGGGUCGUGUUGAAGAACGCCUCGCCGCACCACUACAUGAAGGUCCGCCUCGCUCUGGAGGACGAGUCGACCCGGCUGAGCGCAGUGGAGCUGAAGCAGUUCAUCAUCACGGGUCUGACCAGCCUGUACGGAGAGGUGGGAGGAGCACUGACCUUUGACCUGCUGAAGUACGAUGAAGACUCCCUCACUGCUUUUCUGCGUGUUUACAGCAAGGGCUUGGUGAAGCUGUGGAGCUCCCUGACGCUGCUGGGCUCCUACCAGGACCAGGCCUGUGCCUUCAGGGUGCUGCAGGUGUCUCCGUUCCUGCUCGCACUGACAGGAAAUAGCCGCGAGCUGCAGCUGGACUGAAAGAGGAAGAGGAGGAUCUGCUCUUCUUCAC